GCCAGCAGCAAGUCUCAAAUAACAGUUGAGCCCGAGUCCGCUGCAAGCGAGCUUCAAUACAGGCAAAGAAUAUCAUAACAUGCUGCUAAAACGUUAAGGUUAUGGCACCGUUUUCCAUUUGCUCCAAGUGCAAGGCCAGAACUCGUAAGGUUAUCAAAGACCCCGUCACUUUGAAGGACAUUUACUUGUGCCCAAAAUGCUGCAAGGCUAAAAAUGAAGCGCAGAAUAUUGAGAACGAACAGAACAAAGCGGCGCUGCUCUGCAGCCAGCAACAAGAGCAGCCUGCGCGUGAGCUGGCCAAGCCCAUGCCGCAGCCCAAGCUAGUUGCACCACCAAAGCUGCCCCUGGCCGCUGCCACAGCUGCCACAGUCAACAGCUACACUCGCAAAUGUACGCCGCCCGUAAUGCAGACGGUUCUCAUAAAAGGGCGUAAAUAUAUUGCGAUCACUGCAACGGCCUCCGACAAUUAGCGAAGCAAACAAGUCAUUAAACACACAAAAGGGCAAGUUGGUUUGCGUCUCUGCUAUGGUGCGUGUACUCACUAAGUGCCAAUCGCAGGAAAGUAUAUACAUAUUUAAAUGUAAAAUAAACCGAAAAUAUCUCUAUUAAACAUAACAGCAUUUCGAAUGUGCCACAAAUAAAUUCAAUAAAAU